AUGUCAUCUACUCAAAGAGUCUUUGGACCCUCUUAUCGGUCUUCUGGAGACGCAGCACAGGAUAGACUUGCAUUCUUUCAUAUCCUAGAGGCACUCAAGACACAGAAACGAACUGGAUGGAAAGGUAUCAAGGAUUGCUAUCAUGUAGACACCAUUGUGACACCUUUCAGUAUCUCCGACCAUAUGUAUCGGAUGGCGGUCCUGGCGUUGUGCUCAGAGGAUACAAAGCUCGAUAUCUCCAAAUGUGUGAUGCUCGCCGUCGUGCACGAUCUUGCCGAGGCGACGGUAGGAGACAUUACGCCUGACGAGGGAAUAUCAAAGGAGGAGAAGAAGCAAUUGGAAGAGAAUGCAAUGCGAAACUUUUGCGAAGAGAUGCUCCAAAAGUCUAGCGUUGCCCAACGUGUAUAUGAUCUGUGGAAGGAGUAUGAGGAUCAAGUGACACCUGAGGCCAAGUUUGUCAAAGAUGGCCUUACAAGCACGAGAAUACGAGAGGCGACAUUCCUCGUCUAUUCCCGAUCUGGAUCUUCGACCAUUCUACAAUAG